CAGAUUGCGACCAGAUAAGCCUCCGCAGCUGCAGCAAUCCCAUCUGACAAGCAGGCGGACAACUUCCUCCGGAAAUUCACCGAAUCGGCUAUCUUCCCGGAUUCUGCUUCUAUCCGGAGUGCGGAUUAGUAGUAGGAUUUUUGUAGUUACUACUUGACGAGCAAUUUUUCCAGCUGGGUUUUUGAGCAAUGGAGCGGAGUCUGCACACGAGAGUGGAUUAGUUGUGUGCACAGAAGAUCUUGAUUGUGGAUUGAUUCACGGUAGCUGAAGCAGAAAGUUUUUUUUUUUUUUUUUUUUUUUUUUUUUUGUGUUUUUGUAUAGAGCGUGUUGUGAUCCAAUUUUUCGAGUUUUCUUGAAGUUAGAAGUUGUAAUUGAUUGUGUAAGACUAUUAAGGUUUGCGUUAAGCUUUUGAUAGAUCGGGACUGAUUUGGAUUGCGAGACGCGGGUAGAAAGAAGUGCGGAGAAUGGCAGUAUGUGCAUGCAGUACGGGAUUGUUGCAGCUUCUCCCGAAAGCCCCCGCUGUCAGCAACUCAUUGUCGUCUCAGCCAUGUACUUGUCAAGGUUAAAACGAAGAAUGGCAUCACUGCGGACCUGAAGAUCUCAUUACAGCACAACCAAGUCUUGAAUAUGCAGCAAAAGGCAAUUUUCUGAAUGCUGUAUUUUUGCAUUCUGUUGUCUCAGUUGAGAACUGAGAAAACUAUACAGGUUUCGUGCGCUGCAGCUUCGUCAUCAUUGUCUGAUUGUACAUGCAAUUUGGGAUAUGUCGGCAACAAGGCCAUGUUGGUUCCCUCCUCGUCGUUAGAGAGGUCUCAAAAUUUUAGUAGCGGCUUUAGACAUGGGAGGAGUAACAGGGGCAGUCUCGAGCUUCGGAAAAGGCAUGGAGAGUGCGGCCGGUCGGAGCCGAAGCAGACCCCGACGCAUGUGCAGGCGCGGGUGCAGGACUCUGUAGAGCAUGAAACGUAUGAUAGUGGGAAUGAGUUGGAUGGGAGCCUUCGUUGCAAGGAUCGAGGUCGGAGAGAAAGAACCGGGACUGACAGGAGGAGGGUUCAGGUAAUCACGAACAAUGGUUUCGUGGAUUUAGAAGAGCAGUUGGGUAUCACGAAGGGGCGCAAAGGGGAAGGCAAACUCAAGUUGCGGCUGAGCAGUCAACAGAGCGGGAAUAAAGUGCAGAGAGACGAGGAGGGAAGACUGUACUUCGAGUACGAAUUUAACGAAGCAGACGGUGAGGAAGCUCCCGAAAUCGACAAGAACUCCUUCUAUUCUGCUGAAGAAUUGCAGACGAGGCAAGGGGGCGAUGCACCCAGCCUUGCACAAGCUGCGAUACCUUUGGAGAUAAGUGCGUUCUUGGCCUUCGAAAGAGGAGCUGGUCGUAGUACGAGCGAUGGUCUCUCUCAAGGUUCUGUGGAACUUGACGCGGAAAAGCAAUGGUAUGUUCGUAAACGGGACGGUGAUGCAUACGUUGAAGCAGAAUCGAAGUCUUCGAAGCUUCUGUUCAAUACCCCUGGGAGUCAGCGAGUGGCGGAGCUCAUGGGCGCGUGGAACGGUUUAGCUGGGAGGUUACCUCCCGAAUUUGCGACCAGCAACGGUUCUACGCUUCUGUUAGCCGCACUGAAGCUGACCGUAAGCUCUCUUCGCCAUGGGUCAUCCACUGAAGACGGCCGCGAAGUUCUUAAUCGUGCUCUAUCGGUCGCCUUUAUCCUUGCUGAUCUUCGGAUGGACGCAGAGGUGAUUGCAGCAGGUCUCCUCCGGGAGGUUUUCGAAGCAGGGUACCUUGACACUGCAAGAGUGGAGACUGUUCUGUGUAACGAAGUAGCCAUUCUUCUGAAAGAUUGUGGUCGAGUCAAGCAUAUGCCUUCUCUCUUGGACACUCUCGAUGAAGCCUCAGUUCAAGCCACUCGCCAAUUCUGCCUUGCGUUUCAUGAUGUGCGUGCUGUGGUGGUGGAAGUCGCAGCCCGAUUAGUCAUCAUGCGCCACAGUCAAUCUCUUCCACGAUAUAAGCAACAGAUGCUUGCUCUGGAAACUAUGCAAAUUUAUGCGCCUGUCGCGCAUGCUAUGGGCAUUGGCAAACUCAGUCACGAAUUGGAAGACCUUGGCUUCAGGGUUCUCUUUCCAGACUCCUAUACGUAUAUCGGAGGCUGGCUUGAGCAAUACUUCGCUGAUGGUCAUGAGGUCGUCCAACAGUGCAAAGAAGACUUGCAGAGCGCCUUGGAAGAGGACUCUGAAAUGCAAUCCCUGGUAGAAGGAAUCGAAAUAUCGGGUAGAUGCAAGAGUAAAUACAGUACCAUGAAGAAGCUACUCAGAGAUGGUAGACCACCAGAAGAGGUUUUUGAUGUUUUAGGCCUCAGGGUGGUCCUGACCCCUAGAAAAUCGGGGACCAGCCCAGUGAAGGAGCGUGGUGCAAGGGCUUGCUACAGAGCUUUGGAAAUUGCGACCACUUUGUGGAAGGAGGUUCCUGGAAGGUUGAAGGAUUAUAUCACGGAGCCGAAGAAGAAUGGUUAUGAGAGUCUGCAUUCAGCUGUGUCUCUGAGUACUCGUGGGAAUUGGUCACCUCUAAUGGAAAUACAGAUUCGCACUGCAGAGAUGGAUGAGAUGGCAGAGGGUGGGCUUGCUUCUCAUUCGCUAUACAAAGGUGGACUAACGGAUCCUGACCAGGCAGGUAUUCUCAAGGCUAUAAUGCAAGCAGCAGCUGAUGUGGCAUCAACCAGAUUUCCAGAUUUAACAAAUGAGUUGGUUGAAGUGGCUGGGGAGGAAGAUGCACAGAAGAAACUUGACGACCAAAUGUUUACCCUGUUUGAUAGAAAUACUGAUGGGGUAAUCAGUAUGGACGAGUUCAAGGAUGUUAUUAGCGAGCUCGGAGGUGAUGAGGAAGAUGCUAAUGAGCUGAUGAAUCUUGUGGACUCCAACUUUAAUGGGUCUGUUAACGCAGAGGAAUUCAAGAACUUUCGUCGGCAGGUCAAGUUAUUUGAUAAUCUUGCUGGAGUAGAUAGGCAAUUUACCACACAGCUUGACCAGAGGCUUUUGACAACUGCUGCAAAUCCAACCGCAAAUGGCAUUGAUAGUCAAGUUGAUCAAAUGAUACCCCCUGAAGCAAAUGCUACAGAAAUGACGGUUAAGUCUAACAGAAUUGCAAGCCCCUCUCCAAGUGUACAGGAGCCGGACAAUUCUUCUAAAGAGCUAGAACGGCAGAUGUGGAUAGACAGGGUUAAUGACUCCGUGAAAGGCUCAACAAGUAGCAGCAAUGGCUGUAGCAACGGCAACAGGAGUAGCGUCCCAAGUCUGGCCAAGCCAACGAAACCUGCUAAACCUGUUAAACCUGCUUCUGUAUUAGCAGAUAAGAAAAACUUCUCUGUUGGCAGUAGUUUAUCGGACUUAAUUACCCCUCAAACAGAUGGAUGGCAAUCUUCAACUUUUGGUGAGAAUGAGAAAGAGGACGCGAUGGAGUUGCAUUCCGAAGUGACAGAUGUUGAGUCGGACAUUGAUAGGGUGUUAACUACUGCACGACAGCAACUUGCAGCAGGUGAUGUUGUAGGUGCACAAGGAAUCCUGCUUAAGCUAGCGAUGAAGCAUCCAGAUAGUGCAGAUGUGAUGUUUCAUUUGGCUCAACUUGAACGGAAAAGAGGGGAUAUGGUUGCAGCUGGAGCGUAUUACGAGAGAACCAUCGGAGCAUUUCAGAAACAAGAAGAUUAUGGUCUGAAAUAUGUUAAAGCAUUGCAAGGAUGGGGAUCUUUAGAAGCGCAGGCUCGUAAUGCCAGCAGAGCUAGAUAUCUAUAUCUAGAGUCUGUUAGAGUUGCUCACAGAGGAGAGAAGAAUGGAGUUCUAGAAAUGAAAGGAGCGGGUGUCUAUGGAUUACAUGGGUGGGCUAUGCUAGAACAAAAGCUAGGUAAUUGGAGCAAAGCUAGGGAAUUACUGGAAAGAGCUGCAAGCAUACAACCUGGAAAUUCAGUAGUUCACCAGACUAGAGCUCUUUUAGAAGCACGAGUACACAAUUAUGCUGCUGCUCGUUAUCACUUUAGACUUGCUGUGGAGGCAGCCCCAGAAGAUGUGAAAUGCUGGCAGGCAUGGGCGUUAUUUGAGUCUAAUCAAGGCAAGCGAAGAAAAAUGAGGCAACUUUUUCAGAAAGCGCUUGACGUGGAACCUGAAAAUGUUCACGCAUUACAGGCUUGGGCGCAUCAAGAAUCUUUGAUAAAUUCAGAUUCAGCGAGGGAACGUGCUCGUAAAUUGUAUCAACGAUGUGUGGAAGUGAACCCGAACAGCAUGCAUUCUUGGCAGGCAUGGGCUUUACUGGAACAAAAUGCUGGAAAUUUGACAGGCGCUCGAAUCCUCUUUGAAAGAGGUCUUGGAACUAAUCCUCGGAAUGUUCCUUGUCUUCAGGCCUACGCACACAUGGAACGUGUCAAUGGAAACUUGAUUGCUGCCCAGAAACUGCUGAUGACUGCAUUAUCACUGGAGCCUGAGAAUGCUGCUGUUUUGAUGGAAAUUGCUCUAACAGAAGAAGCUAUAGGUAACAAGGAAGUGGCUUCAGAGUAUUUCCGAAAGGCUGGCAUUGUAGACAAGCAAAAAAGCCGGUUGAAGCGUCGCAUGUUUGAGUCACGUAAAGCAGCAACCAAGCAGAAGGCAACAAAACCGAAUGCAAAAAGGGGAUAAAACUCUUUGAAAUCCAGCGCACCUGUAAAUUACGAGUAAGCACGUGUCAUAGCAGAGUAGAGCAUUGAAGCUUUCCAUAAUGCUUACUUCCAAGUGUGCAAUUUCUCUACUAGUCACGUUCUUUUGCUUGUACAUUUGUGAACCAAUGUGUACUUUAUUCACUUCAGAAUUCCCCAAGAUAUUAGAUUACUGCCCUUGGUUGAACAGAUUUGUGUUCCCCCAAAAGUAUUUAAUACAAACACUAGCAACUUCUAUAAUCCGUAGGAAAUUUGUCAAUGGAUACUGGCAUUUCUAAGAAAUGGCAUUGUCUCUAUUCUAUUUGAGAAAACAUGUACAAUUAUUUUCCAAGUAAUGCAAUGGGUUCCAAAAGAA